CCGGCCCUUCCUCCGGCUCCGGCUCUUACUGCAGCAGCCUCAGCGCCGGCUCCGGAUCCAGUUCCGGGUCUUCCCCCGGCUCUUCCGACUCCCGUCCGGGAUCCAGUUCCGGCUCCCGCUCCUAUCGCUGCCUUAGCUCCGGCUCCGACCCCAGCUCCGGUCCUUCCUCGGGCUCCAGUUCCGGGUCUUCCUCCGGCUCUUCCGACUCCCGUCCGGGAUCCAGUUCCGGCUCCCGCUCCUAUUGCAGCCUCAGCUCCUGCUCGGACUCCGGCUCCGGGUCUUCCUCCGGCUCCGGCCCUUCCUCCGACUCCGGUUCCGGGUCUUCCGGCCGCUCCGACUCCGGUCCCGGCGGCGGGUGGCUCCGUUCCAUGUUUUACGGCGUCCGUCGUGGCCGCCGGCCCGGCGUCUACCUCACCUGGAAUGAGUGUAAAGAGCAGGUGGACCGUUUUCCCGCCGCCCGGUUCAAGAAGUUCGGCACGGAGGAGGAGGCCUGGGAAUUUGUCCGCGGAAGGGCCGGCCCUUCCGAUCCGUCAGGUCAGGAAAGCAACCGCGAGAGGGAAGAAGAGCCGGCGGAGAAGAGAAAGCGGGAGUCGGCCUCGGACGAAGACGAGCCCCCUUCGAAACACGUCAAGCCCGAGCCGAGCCCCGAGCCUCUGCUCGGCAGAGACAAGUUCAUUUACAUGGGCGAGUCUGCCGUCGUUUACACGGAUGGCUGCUGCUCCAGUAACGGGCGGAGACGGGCCCGGGCGGGCAUCGGGAUCUACUGGGGGCCCGGCCAUCCUCUAAAUGUCGGAGACAGGCUUCCCGGACGGCAGACAAAUCAGAGAGCGGAGAUACACGCAGCCUGCAAGGCAAUCGAGCAGGCGAAGAAUCAGAACAUCGAGAAACUGGUUCUGUACACGGACAGCAUGUUUACCAUAAACGGCAUUACCAGCUGGGUUAAAGGCUGGAAGAAAAACGGUUGGAAGACCAGCACGGGGAAGGACGUCAUCAACAAAGACGACUUCAUAAAGCUAGACGAGCUCACGCGGGGAAUGGAUAUUCAGUGGAUGCACAUCCCUGGCCACGCGGGAUUCGUCGGCAACGAAGAAGCCGACAGGCUCGCGAGAGAAGGAGCUAGGAAAGCGGACGACUCAGCGUAGCGUUUCCCGGCCUCCCGGGAGAGCCCCGACGGCGCUCCCGUUUCCAAUCCGCGUCGGAAGCAGAACGGACAUCCGCGGACAGAUGGGAUUUAUUUUUCCUCUCCGUCGGCCACAGUACGGACCCUUAUUCAGUUUGAGCUUGAGAGCCAAACACGAUUCAGACCCGUAUUCAAUUUGGGCUUGAGACGAGUCCAACACGUCCUUUGGAACGGUUCGUUUUCCCGUUCGUCCCGUUGAGAUCUGCGUUCGUAAGUGAGAUAAAUAUUAGGCGGCCCACCUGUACGGAUCCUUAGAGCGAAGAAGGAAUUUUAAGCCCACCGAAAUUCCCGAAGUCAAUCAGCGAACAGGAUUGUUUUGCGUGCAGAGGAGUUGCAUCUUUUUCUUUUUCCCUCCGAGGCAAAUCCCGCUCGCUCUCGGAAAACGUGGAAGUCGGCGGUUUCCCGCCGGAAAGAAAGUCGUCGUGAGAGCCGGAUGCGAGGGAUUGCGUGGGCGAGGGACGAAACCGCAAUCCGCCUUCCGAUAGGAGACGGGGGGAGCUGAAACCGCCCGCCAGCUAGGAGUAAAACACCGAGCGUAAAACUCGGAAACACGACCCGGUCGUAUAACGCAUCGCGGAGAGUUUUCAAUAGAUUGGCCCAGGUGGGCAGAUGUCGUGAAAAUCCUCCCUGAAAUUUCGGUAUAGGAUGAAGGCGCUCGUUCGGAACGCCGCUAUUAUUAUCUAUCGCUUUUUUCCUUUGUGGAUUUUGCUCUAGUUUUCCUUUAGCGACUAGGAGUAAAACACCGAGCGUAAAACUCGGAAACACGACCCGGUCGUAUAACGCAUCGCGGAGAGUUUUCAAUAGAUUGGCCCAGGUGGGCGGAUGUCGUGAAAAUCCUCUCUGAAAUUUCGGUAUGGGAUGAAGGCGCCCGUUCGGAACGUCGCUAUUAUUAUCGAUCGCUUUUUUCCUUUGUGGAUUUUGCUCUAGCUUUCCUUUAGCGACUAGGAGUAAAACACCGAGCGUAAAACUCGGGACCACGACCCGGUCGUAUAACGCAUCGCGGAGAGUUUUCAAUAGAUUGGCCCAGGUGGGCAGAUGUCGUGAAAAUCCUCCCUGAAAUUUCGGUAUAGGAUGAAGGCGCUCGUUCGGAACGCCGCUAUUAUUAUCUAUCGCUUUUUUCCUUUGUGGAUUUUGCUCUAGUUUUCCUUUAGCAACUAGGAGUAAAACACACCGAGCGUAAAACUCGGAAACACGAACCGGUCGUAUAACGCAUCGCGGAGGGUUUUCAGUAGAUUGGCCCAAUUGGGCAGAUGUCGUGAAAAUCUUCCCUGAAAUUUCGGUAUAGGAUGAAGGCACUCGUUCGGAACGUCGCUAUUCUUAUCGAUCGCUUUUUUCCUUUGUGGAUUUUGCUCUAGCUUUCCUUUAGCGACUAGGAGUAAAACACACCGAGCGUAAAACUCGGAAACACAACCCGGUUGUGUAACGCAUCGCGAAGAGUUUUCAAUAGAUUGGCCCAAGUGGGCAGAUGUCUUGAAAAUCCUCUCUGAAAUUUCAGUACAGGAUGAAGGCGCUUGUUCGGAACGUCGCUAUUAUUAUCGAUCGCUUUUUUCCUUUGUGGAUUUUGCUCUAGCUUUCCUUUAGCGACUAGGAGUAAAACGCCGAGCGUAAAACUCGGAAACACGAACCGGUCGUAUAACGCAUCGCGGAGAGUUUUCAAUAGAUUGGCCCAGGUGGGCGGAUGUCGUGAAAAUCCUCCCUGAAAUUUCGGUAUAGGAUGAAGGUGCUCGCUCGGAACGUCGCUAUUAUUAUCGAUCGCUUUUUUCCUUUGUGGAUUUUGCUCUAGUUUUCCUUUAGCAACUAGGAGUAAAACACACCGAGCGUAAAACUCGGAAACACGAACCAGUCGUAUAACGCAUCGCGGAGGGUUUUCAGUAGAUUGGCCCAAGUGGGCAGAUGUCGUGAAAAUCUUCCCUGAAAUUUCGGUAUAGGAUGAAGGCACUCGUUCGGAACGUCGCUAUUCUUAUCGAUCGCUUUUUUCCUUUGUGGAUUUUGCUCUAGCUUUCCUUUAGCGACUAGGAGUAAAACACACCGAGCGUAAAACUCGGAAACGCAACCCGGUUGUGUAACGCAUCGCGAAGAGUUUUCAAUAGAUUGGCCCAAGUGGGCAGAUGUCUUGAAAAUCCUCUCUGAAAUUUCAGUACAGGAUGAAGGCGCUUGUUCGGAACGUCGCUAUUAUUAUCGAUCGCUUUUUUCCUUUGUGGAUUUUGCUCUAACUUUCCUUUAGCGACUAGGAGUAAAACACACCGAGCGUAAAACUCGGAAACACGAACCGGUCGUAUAACGCAUCGCGGAGGGUUUUCAAUAGAUUGGCCCAAGUGGGCAGAUGUCGUGAAAAUCCUCUCUGAAAUUUCGGUAUAGGAUGAAGGCGCUCGUUCGGAAUGUCGCUAUUAUUAUCGAUCGGCUUUUUUCCUUUGUGGAUUUUGCUCUAGCUUUCCUUUAGCAACUUUUAGGGGCCGGCUUGGAUCUCGCACCGAUUGGACUUUCCCCCUUUCAUAACUACAUCCGUCUUCUACGUAACUCCCGGUUCCCUUUUAAAAAAUAAAGUGAAAUUUCCGUUUUG